AGCAGCGAUCCCGUGUCGCGGUCUGGUCAUCGCGUUCACAUUCGCUCGGGCGGAUCCGUCGGAGUAUCGUGCGUACUUCACACGCCGUAGGCGCCUCUAAGGGGCUUCUUCGCGCGCGCGUUCGCCGCGCACGACAACGCGCGAGGGGCGAAUUCGUCGCACAAUCGCCCACACGAAUCCAGGGAGCGACGGACGACGUAACUGAACUGGAGAACCACCGGGGAGGAUGAUCAAGGCUUUCAUCGUGGUGAACAACCACGCCAUGGUGCGGCUGUGCCGCUUCUACGAGCAGCUCGGCGUGGACAAGCAGGCGGACCUGUGUCAGACAGUGUAUAAGAUGGUGACCGGGCGACCGGACCACCUGUGCUCGUUCGUGGACGAUGAGAAGACGUUCGGCCCGGACACGAAGCUCGUGUACAGGCACUUCGCGACGCUGUACUUUUGCAUAUUGAGCGAUCGAUCCGAGUCCGAGCUCGCGAUGUUGGAUCUGAUUCAGGUGUACGUGGAGACCUUGGAUAAGGUGUUCGAGAACGUGUGCGAGCUCGACUUGAUCUUCAACUCGCCGAAGGCGUACACGGUGCUCGACGAGACGAUCGUGGGGGGGUUAGUUCUCGAGAUCAACAGUCAGAAGGUGAUCGGAGUGUACGAAGAGUUGAUGAAAUUGGAAAAGGCGCAGGCUUCGAUGUUGGAGAGGGUGACAGGGUAGGGUGAGUGAGAGCGGGUUGAACCUUAACUUAGAACGGGCGGAUUGUGCAUCUAUCAUCUAUGGUGACGAA